AUCGCAUGUACUCCAAUAUUAUGAGUUUUGACCUCCAAAUGAAAAUUAUUUUUCUAUUAACAAAAUAGACAUAAAUUCCAACCCAUGCUUAGCAUGGGCCCUCUUUCCUAGUUAUAUUAAUUCUAAGGCUCCUUUAGUAACAGUAGUUGAUUGGUGGAUUUUUUUUUUAAUUCUUUUUGUUUUUUUUGCUUGCAGAGUGUUAUCAGUGUAUCUUCCACCUUUUGUUUCUUCUUUUUCAUGCGAAGUUCUGAUACCACAAUUAUCGAUUUGUCUGUGAACGUCGCCACCAUGAGCUUUUGGGAUGCUUCGGGUUUAUCUGAAAAGGGGCGGCGACAGAGUGCAACAACAAAUUCAAGAAAUCGACCAACUCUCCAAUCACAGAAGACGCAGUCGUCACAAUUUCUUCUCCUCCCCCAUCUUCUUCUCUCUAGCCACCGCCGCCAGCUCUCUGAACACCGCCGCCACCCUUAUCGACUCAGCUUCCGAUAUCCAAUCUCCACCGCCGCCAAUUCUCCGAUUAGAAAUACUAAAGAAAGGCUUAUCAAUGACAUCAAGUGUACCAAAGUCGAUGUCAUUGACCCGGGAUCAAAAACAAAAGUAAAAAAAGAAGGAUGGUGAUCAACAAAAGAAGAAGAUUAAAAAAGAUGAUCAAAAGAUUGGGGUUUCGGCAUCCAGGAAGAGAAUUUUAUUGAUAAAAAUGUCGGAAGAUUCGAUUUGGGUGACUGGAGUUAGUGGUUCGAUCUAUGAGAGGUUUUUGGAAUGGCGUGCAGUGGGUGAUUGCACCUCAUGAAUUCGCUGUACAAGCUGGUUAUGCAGUGUCUGUGUUCUUGAUCAAUCACACAGUUCUUGCUCUUUCUGAAGCAGGAAUCUUAUACCAGGGGAGCUGGUAGAUGUAAUCAUGUUGCAGCUCAGUAUGAUGAUAAAUUGGUUCUUGUAUUUGGAGGAACUUCGAAGUCUAAAUCUUUGAAUGAUUUAUACUCACUUGACUUUGAAACGGCGUAUGAUGUGGUUUUCAUCCAUCACCUCGAUCUGGUUGUUGUGGAGUGUUUGUUAUGUGGGACUAAAUGGUACUACAUUGCAGGAGGUGGCAACAGAAGAAAAAAAAAACGGCAUGAAGAGAUAUUUUAGUGUAUGAUAUCUUGAAGCUAGAGUGGUUUGUUGUUCAUUCCCUAGUUUGUAUUAAACUUUGACUUCAAAAUAUGGCAGGCUGCAUAUAUAUAAGGCAUGAUCCUAUUAUUAGUUUUGUUUUUUAAAUAAAUUACCGGUUUUAGGUGGCUUACCAAAUCUAACGAACCAAUAAUUUAAUAAAAAAAGUCAAAAGCUUUGAUCAUUAAAGACACAUAAUUGUUGAAGUUAGUUGAACUACAUAACCACCUUCUCACUCACUUCAAAAUUCUUCCAUCUAUAAAUUUCUUUGUUUUCCUUCACCCUAUCAAUACAAGCCAUCUCCAACUACAAACCAAAACUUGAUCCUAAAUAUGGCUUUCCGAUGCUUAAUUCUGACCUUAGCUGUGGCAUUAUGUUGUGUGGUGUCACCUGUUUACACUCAAAUUAACACUCCAUGCACCCCAUCGAUGAUAACUACCUUUACUCCAUGUUUGAACUUCAUAACCAAUAGCACCACAAACGGAAGUUCUACACCGACCUCCGAUUGUUGCAAUUCUCUCAAAUCCAUCACAAGUAGUGGCACAGAUUGUCUCUGCCUAAUUGUUACAGGCAGCGUACCCUUCCAAAUUCCCAUCAACCAGACCCUUGCCAUCUCUCUGCCCCGUGCAUGUCGCAUGCCCGGUGUGCCUCUUCAGUGUAAAGCUGCUGCAGCAGCUCCUAUUCCUUCGGCAGGGCCAGCUCCAUCUCCAGGAAGUACUUCUACUGUACCAGAGACGAUCACACCAACCUCAGCACCUGAAUCAAAAACAACACCAACUUUGGCACCACAAUCUGAUAUGACACCAGACUUAUCACCACCAUCUACCAGUGUGGAUUCUGGAAUUCCCACUACCAAUCAAGGGAGCCGUCCCACCGUAACACCUUCAGCUGCUGCUUCCAAUUAUGUCUAUUCACCAUUUAUUCUAGCUGGGACUGGAGUAACCUUCAUAGGGUAUUUCUUGUUGUUCUAGAGAGAAGAUUUCUCAUGUAAUCAUAUUCAUAUCGUUUAUCAUUACAUUGUAUUUAAAAUUGUUCGUUGAGUAAUAAUUUAUAUAUUUUUUAUCAUUUCAU